CAAAGUCGCCGGCGGCGAGUCAAAAGCUUAAGCACUCUCUCUCGCUCUCUCUCGAUCUCCGCCUGCCCCGUCCUUUUCAAUCUCCGGGCUUCAAUGGAGAACCUGAUUUUGCUGGUUCAGACCCUCCCGCCGCUGCCCCUCUUCUUCGCAAUGUUCGUGCUCAUCUACCUCACCGCCUACUUCGUCGUCUUCCGGAGGUGGACCCCGAAGACCCGGCCUGUGGCCGCGAGCUGCGUGAUCUCCCUCUUCCAUGGCUCCCCCGCCGCAAUCCUAGCCGCCCGCGCCCUGAUCUCCCACCCCGGCCUCAGCUUCUCCUCCCCCAACACCCCGUCCGAGGCCCUGGUCCUGGAUUUCAGCGUUGCCUACUUCCUCACCGAUAUCCUCCACUACCUCGUCUUCUUCCCGACCGACGUCCUCUUCAUCGGCCACCAUGUCGCCACCCUCUACAUUUUCCUCAGCUGCAGGUACAUUGUGCGUCAUGGAUCGUAUGCUAUCCUGUUCCUUCUUAUUCUUGCGGAGGUCACUAGCGCUUGCCAGAACACAUGGACUCUUGGCCGUGUGAGGAGAGACGAUGUCCCCUUCGCAGCCAAAUUGUAUGCUUACCUCUCCCCUCCUUUCUACGCCUUCUAUUCUGUAGUUAGGGGGAUUGUUGCUCCAUUGUUUGUCUACAAGAUGGGAGCUUUCUAUAUCAGCGGUCAGGCUGACAGUUUGGUGCCUAGAUGGGCUUGGGUUUCUUGGAUGACUGUGGUUGUAAUCGCACUUCUAGUUAGCAUAUCAUGGAUUUAUGGUCUUUGGUGUGAGUUGUAUAGAGAAAGAACCGAUAAGAUGAAAAAGAAAGUCCGAUAGAGCAAGUUCUUUAUCAUGAGAGAACUCUCUACAAAAGUGUUAUAUGUGCCAGUUCUUUUGUGUUCCAUUAGUUGCAUAAUUGCAUUGUCAUUUAAAUCAGUGGUUUUUAUCC